CAGUGCCCUGCUACUCACUUCGCACGAACGUCACUGCGCAACUCCCGUUCGCUGGCUCUUCUUCGUGCGAGUCGGUUUCUUCUCUGCUCUCCGAUACGCUCGCCGAUCGUGUUGCUCGAUUCUAGCGUCGUUCGGCAUUCCAGCGCGCCCUGAAAUCUUGCACUGGGGGGCGCGACCCGUGGUCCUAGUUGAGCUCCCCCGCUAGCUCGGAGCCGGUGUCCGGAGGCCGCUUCGGCUGGGAAUCCUUCGUGGGUUUUCGCGGGCUCUUCCGACGCGGCGGCCGCGCUGCGGGUUUCGGCGGAUUCCGCUUCGCGAUUUCGGUUCCGUUGCGAAUUGAACGGAUCUCCGGGAGUGAAUUGGGCGUGCUCGAAUGCUUGCCUUAGGGAAAUGCUUCAGUGACGUUGUGGUUGCGCGUGACUCUUCCGUCGUUGGACCAUCUUCUCUCGGUCGUGACCGCAUUGAUGGUGCUCGACGAAAUGCUCCAGAGACAGUUCAGUCUCUCUUUGUCUGAGUGCCGUGCUCUUUGCUAAUUGGAACAGAACUUAACCACAGAACUAGUUGGUCUGUCACACGAGUCAUAGUUCAACUCUCCAGUUGCAAGGGAUAUGGUGCAGAAAAGGUUGCUUUACUGUCAGCCAACUGUAGCAAGAAAAUCCUGAAACUCAUGCUAGCACUGGCUUUUGGGCCAAGCAGCCGGUGCAUUCAGGCGAUCCAUCGUCGAGCACACAGUAUAUCUUCGUUGUUCACUCAGGUUCCUUUUAGUUAUUGCAGCUUCCUUGGCACUGAAGCUACUGAGAAGUCUGCCAAAGGAAGCCUGCCGGUAGCAGAAUGCCUUUCUUAUAGAAUUGAGAAGCUGCCUAGAGGACGGCCAGUCGGAUGUGCAUUCCAGAGUUGGAUGGGGGACGGUUUCCCCAUUCAUAGAGGGGAAAUAUAUCAUGCUAUUAAUCGUUUGAGGAAGUUGCAGAUGAACAAGCGUGCUCUUGAGAUGAUGGAAUGGAUUAUUCGCGAGAGGCCGUAUAAGCCAAAGGAACUGGAGUACUCCUAUCUGUUGGAAUUCACGACAAGAUUUCAUGGGAUAUCAAGAGGUGAGAGUCUUUUCUCUCGAAUUCCAAUGGAGUUUCAGAAUGAGCUGGUUUACAACAAUUUUGUGAUUAUCUGCUUAGAGAAAGGUGUUGUAAGGCUCCCAUUAACGUACAUGAAGAAAAUGAGGGAGCUAGGUUAUGCUAUCUCACACUUGGUUUUCAACCGCCUCAUUGUCCUCCAUUCCUCCCCCAGCCGUAGGAAAAUGAUCCCAAAGAUCCUAACUCAAAUGAAGGCAGAUAAGGUGGGCCCUCAUGUGUCAACAUAUAACAUUCUCAUGAAAAUAGAGGCUAAUGAACAUAACAUCGAAGGUCUUGUCAAGGUAUACGGCGAGAUGCAUCGAAAGAAAGUUGAGCCGAACGAGGUGUCUUACUGCAUACUAGCUGUUGCACAUGCUGUGGCGAGGUUAUACACUGCUGCGGAGGCCUAUGUUGAGUCUAUAGAGAUGUCUGCUACUGGAAGUAACUGGUCUACGCUAGAUCUCCUUCUCAUAUUGUAUGGAUAUCUUGGGAAGGAUAAGGAGCUGGAAAGAACUUGGUGUGUUGUGAAAGAUCUUCCCCAUGUUAGGUCAAAGAGUUAUAUGUUGGCUAUUGAAGCAUUUGGUAGGAUUGGACAACUUUCUCGAGCUGAGGAGCUCUGGUUGGAGAUGAAGUCGACGAAAGAGUUGAAAUCAACAGAGCAAUACAACUCACUAAUAUCUGUGUAUUGCAAGCAUGGUUCCAUUAAUAAAGCUUCUGCUCUAUUCAAAGAGAUGGUCGCGAACGGGUGCAAGCCGAAUGCCAUUACUUACCGUCAUCUUGCAUUAGGUUGUAUGAAGGCGAAUUUAGUAAACGAAGCCCUGAGGACUCUGGACAUGGGUUCACGGUCGACAACAAGCGCAAGGGUCAGGAAAUCCACCCCGUGGUUGGAGACCACGCUAUCUAUAGUUGAGAUGUUCGCGGAGAAGGGCGAUGUCGUCAAUGCAGAGAAGUAUUUCGAGGAACUCGCUCAAGCGAGAUAUGCCCGCUACACCUUCGUGUACAACACGUUGAUAAAGGCUUAUCUGAAGGCCAAGGCUUGUGAUCCCAACCUCCUGAGAAGAAUGAUCCUGGGAGGCGCGAGGCCGGACGCUGAGACGUAUAGCUUGAUUAAGCUCGCAGAGCAGCUCCAGAGAUAAUUCCGUUUGUUCUAAUUAACCGUUGUUUAGUUGAUGCUAUCGUGUAUUCUCUGCGAAAAUGAGGAGCCCGCCAUUCUUAAAGAAAGUAAUUGAUGCACGAAUUGGAAGUUACUCAAAUGAAAAUAUGCUGCUCAUGUCAUAGUGCUGUUCUGUUCUGUGCUCACAAAUGGACCAAAUCUAACAAAAUUUCCCAAUUAUCCUUUUGGAUCA